AUAAGAGAAAAAACUGAACGGAUGAAGUGUCAACAGAACGGAUAAAGUGUAAACAGAAUGGAUAAACUGUAAAGAUGGACACCGAUGAAACAUAGGGAAAAAGUCAUAAAACACAAGGGAGACGAUCAGAGAGGGGAGAAGAAAGAGGGGAGGAGGAGAAGGGAGGAAGAGGAGGAGGGCGAGAAGAAGGGAGGAAGAGGAGGAGGACGAGAAGAAGGGAGGAAGAGGAGGAGGAGAGGAAGAAAGGACGUAGCGGAGGAGGAAGAAGAAGAGGAGGAGGAGGAGGAGGAGGAGGAGAAAGGCGGAGGAGGAGGCGAAGAAAAGAAGGAGAGGUGGAGGAGGAGCAGGAGAAGAGAAAAGGGGGAGGAGGAGAAGGAUCUGGGCGGAGAAGCAGGAGGAAGAGGAGAGCACGCGGAGGAGAGGGAGGACAACCACGACGAGGAGAAGGAGGAAGAGGACGAAGAGAAGGAGAAGGAGGAAGAGGAGGAAGAGGAGGAAGAGGAGGAAGAGGAAGAGGAGUAUCAGGCGGAGGAGCAGCAAGAAGACGAGUGGUAGUACGAGUAAGAGGAGGAGGGGGAGGAGGAGGAGGAGGAGGAGGAGAAGUGUCAUCCAUCCUUGCACCCACCGGCGUGUCAAACGAAAUGCAGCACUCGUCCUUGUAGAUUUUGUUCGAUGGUUCUGGAAUGCGUACGCGACUCAGAUUCGCCCGAAGACGAUCCAUGGUGACCGAUAGAUCAAGGGAUCGAUCCCUCGGCGGCACUCUCUCCCCACGAUCUCCCGCUCAACGGCCGAGGAGCUUCCGGCCUUAGUUCAACCCGCGUUAGCGCGUUAGCGCCCGGAUUCCUUCCUCCACGUUGACCCUGGAGUUUAGCAGAGCAGGAAGAACAGUUGCGAUCCCGACUCCAUCGCCAUCGCCAAGCCUGUAGAGAGAGGCGGGCGAGGAGCCGGGCGAGGAGCGGGGCGAGGAGGCGCGGAAGAGAACCGCAGCGCGUCCCGAUCCAAGCCGUGUCC